ACAGAGCGCAUGCGUGCCGCGGGGCAUGCCGGGAGCGCGCAGUGGCGGCACCGGAGGCGACAGCAGUGGCAGCGGCAGCUUGAGCGGGGACACGAGCGGGGCGGUGACCGUGUGGGAGGUGGUCUCACUCUUGGGGAAACUGCUGGGGACUGUCGCCGCGCUGAAGGUGGUUCUGUACCUGCUCCGGGUGUGCUUAGCGAUGGCCUGGAAAUCCGGCGGCGCCAGCCACUCGGAGCUUAUCCACAACCUCCGCAAAAAUGGAAUCAUCAAGACAGAUAAAGUAUUUGAGGUGAUGCUGGCCACAGACCGCUCCCACUAUGCAAAAUCUAACCCUUAUAUGGAUUCUCCACAAUCAAUAGGUUUCCAAGCCACGAUCAGUGCUCCACAUAUGCAUGCAUAUGCAUUAGAACUUCUGUUUGAUCAGUUGCAUGAAGGCGCUAAGGCCCUGGAUGUUGGGUCUGGAAGUGGAAUCCUUACUGCAUGUUUUGCCCGUAUGGUUGGACACAGUGGAAAAGUCAUAGGAAUUGACCACAUUAAAGAGCUGGUAGAUGACUCAAUAAAUAAUGUUAGAAAGGACGAUCCAGUGCUUCUGUCUUCAGGGAGAGUGCAACUAGUUGUGGGCGAUGGAAGAAUGGGAUAUGCUGAAGAAGCCCCUUAUGACGCCAUUCAUGUAGGAGCUGCUGCCCCAGUUGUGCCCCAAGCACUAAUAGACCAGUUAAAGCCUGGUGGAAGAUUGAUAUUGCCAGUUGGUCCGGCAGGUGGAAACCAAAUGUUGGAGCAGUAUGACAAGCUACAAGAUGGCAGUGUCAAAAUGAAGCCUCUGAUGGGGGUGAUAUAUGUGCCUUUAACAGAUAAAGAAAAGCAGUGGUCCAGCUGCUGGCCCAGUGCUGCAACCUGGCUGAGCGAAUGGUUUCUUUUGGAGCUGGUAAAUCUGCCUUAUGAAAUCAGCUGACAGGGAUGAACUGUAAAAGAGGGCAACAUCAGCUCGACCAGUCUAUAACAUUACAGUGGAUUGCCAUCUCAGUCCAUAAAGCAUUUGAAAACCAACAGCAUCACAGCUUGUUUUGGACUUUGUUGCACUAUUAUUUCCAGCAUGAAAAAGUGUGGUUUCGUAGGGUUUUAUAAUUCUUCAAAGAGGCACAGAGCCCAAUUGGUGGAGGAGGGAUGCAGAGUAUAACUGUGUGUUGUUUUAACAUGCCCACGUUUUACUUUAAAUAUUAAAAGAAAAGGGUCUACAAAAAAGCUUAGUUUGUGAAUUAAUUUGGAAGAGUGGCUUUUUUUUUUUCUUGGACACUUAAUUUUGUUCCAAUAUUAAUUUAUCAGAUUUCUCUUGUGCAUCAGGAAACACCACCAUUCACAAGUUAAGAUUCUUGGUAGUUGGAUAUCUGUUAGAUGCUACUAAGAAAAUAGACAUGAGCUUUCUUUUUAAAGCUUUUGAUGUGGUGUCAUAGGAUAGCAUGUUGUAGAUACAAUCAGCUGCUUUGUUACCUUAAAACUAGGUGUUUGUACAUAUUGAAACUUAAGACGAUGGCAGGUCAUGUCCUGUAAACACUUAGCUGUUCAGAUUGGACAUAUCUGAUGUAGUUCUUCCUUUCACUCUCUAAAAAUGAUAGACUUGUAGCUCAACAUCAUUUUUCUGUUUCUAGUUUGCUGCUGAUAAUGUAUAUGAAUCUAACAUGCUGUGUAAGCUGUGUGUUAGUUUCUGCACAGUUUAUGCAGUGCUACUUUGCCAAAUAAAAUUAAAAGCAAAAGAA